AGAGAAACGUCAUCAUAAAACAAUAAUUAUUUUGCUUUGCGGCUUUUACGGUGGCAUUUUUUUUUGAAAAGUGGAAUUUUAAUAAAUUUGGUUGAAAAAUGUCCGUAUCAGCUAAUAUAAGUGUUGAGGCACCCAUCGAGAGUCAAAUUCAGGAGAUUGCAUAUGACGGAACGGAAAUUUACCAGCUGCCACCAACGUUGUCGGAACAUUUGGCAAAAUGUGCGGCCAAGAUAGACUUCAGCAAAACGGUAAAUGAUUUGGAUCUGGUCAAACAGAGUAUUAAAAAAGAGGAUGAGAAGAAAGAUGACGAUUCCAAGGAUGCGGCGGCGCACUUCCAGUCCAGUCUCUGGCCGUGGGAUUCCGUGAGAAAUAAGUUGAAGGACGCUUUUACGGAGGUUUGCGUGUUAUCGGAUGUGUUGGCCAUUGCCAAAGAGAAACGUUUUAUGGUAUUAGACCCGAUUCCCCAAGAACCGCCAGAGGUAAAACAAAUGGUGCAAGUUUAUGCCCGCAAGAAAGCGUUGGCGAGUGCGGCAAAUAUUCUACUAACUGGUGCGGAACGUCUGAAGACAGCUCACACGGAUCAAGGUGGAAGCCGGAGCGCUCCUGACUUCCACAUCGAACUUUUGAGACUGCGCAGGAAUUGGCGACUGAAGAAGGUGUCCAAUACAAUUAUAGGUGAUUUGAGCUACCGUACGGCCGGGUCAAAAUUCAUGCAUCCAGGAAUGUUCGAAGUGACUAAAGCAGAGGAUGACGACAAUAACGAAGAAGGUGCUGUUGGAGCAAUGGGAGCAGUUGGCGCAGGCGGAGUUGUUUCUGUGCAAAAAUUAAACUCUGCUCUAAGAGUAAAUGUUCCAACUGAAUUACAAGGAGUGGCAUUCAUCAAAGUGAUUACUCAAAAAGAUCAGGGAGAUUUGUGCACUGCUACUUUAAACAUGAUGGGAUCGACUCAAAUGUGUCCGCAAGCAGGUGCCUGGCAGCAAACCCUUGAGUUCGCUCAGAAUGUACUGUUUUGUAAGGAAUUGUUCAACCAACUCGCGAGAGAAGCUGUACAGUUGCAAGCACCGAUUCCGCACGUUGUCGUUGGGAAUCAAAUUCGUGCAACUUUGCUUCCAGGCAUACAAUUAGUCAUCUCGCUCUGUCAUUCGACUUCAUCGGAUUCGAACUACAGUUCAGAACCCAUCAAGGAUCAUGAUCAUGUUUUGGAGCACUCUUUACACCAGCUGUUGCGUGAGUUUCAUCACAAGAAUACUCAUCAUCCCUUCCCACAUCCGGCUAGUGCACCGUUGGGACCAAGCAAGAAACGUAUGUUAGCUGGGCCUUCGGCAUUUGAUCGGUAUGAACUGUUAGAAAUGACAAAGUCUCAAACCCUCUUAGAGCAAAUCAUAGCUCAAGCACAGCACAUAUUUCUGAGGCGCCGUGCUCAAUAUGUCCUGGACACUUUGGCUCGUGAAGUAAAAGAUCCUCAGAUAACGUCUCACUGGAACGCCAUGAACAGCCCAACGAUGUCUUGCGUAAAGAUCAACAUCACUUCCCAUGGGUACGAUGCAAACCUGCGCACAUCGUUGGUGAUUCACGUAAAAGAACGUUCGCUGAAAUGCAUCUGCAGAGAUGGCCGAAUUAUGCACAUGUCAUAUGAAAUGCAAGAGCUGCGGGACCUAAUUCUGUAUCAGAUAAGCCAACACCAAAUAAUAUGUCUGCAAAAUUUGGCUAAAUGUAUGGCCUGGCAAAUAUUGUCCAACAGCAGUCACUUGGGAAUAGGGUCGGUAGAGCCGCUGGGAAAUGCCAGCUCCUGUGUCCUGGCGUCUCCCAACAGUGAUCGCCUGAUAGCAGUACAGGUUCGAUGCGAUUCUCAAAUCGAUGUCAAAGUGUACAUCGCUCAAAGCCCAGGAAAGGAUUUUUUCCCAGGAUCACUGGUGCAGGGUCGACACUGGGAACACCUGGCAGGACAUUUCAAGGAGCUGCGGUUUGAUAAAAUGGAAGGAAAAAACUUCCACAACAAGCUGGAAUUCCUGAUGGCAAGUUUGACAAGCCAGACCUAACCACUGGUGUUCAAUAGUAUUUUCGCCCAAUCGGAAGCAUGCGGCAAUCCUUCGUCGGGUUUGGGACAUUUUUCUUUCGACAGCAACGAGCGCCUGGCUGGAAAUCAUUAGAAAAGGUGAGAUUGAUACUUUUAAAGUUCCCAUUCACACAUCUCUCAUAUUUCGAUAGAUCUAAGUAACGAUAGGUAACUGUGUGUCUAUUUACUAUUGCUCUAUAGUAGAUUUUUUUUGUAAUAAAUAAUCAUGUCUAUCGGAUGGACAAAGAAA